GCCAUGGGAGCCCCGGGCAGAGACUGCGGCGGCGGCCGCAGAGGCGGCGGGGGCUGCCCGGGCGGCGGCGGGGGCGGGCGGCGGCGGACGCGGGGCGGGUAGCGCCGGGCCGAGCGGAGCCAUGGGCCGGGCUGGGACCGGGACCGGGACCGGGAGCGAGGCGGUGGCCGUGGCGCUGGCGGGGCCACUGCUGCUGCUGCUGCUGCUCGCUCGGCCCCCGCCUGCCGCCGGCGACAGCAGCAAGAGCGAGGCUGGGCUGGUGUCCGAGCACUUCUCGCAGGCCCCGCAGAGACUGUCCUUCUACAGCUGGUACGGCAGCGCCAGGCUCUUCCGCUUCCACGUGCCGCCGGACACCGUGCUGCUGCGCUGGCUGCUGCAAGUGUCCCGGGGCAGCGGCCCCACAUGCUCGGACGUGGAGAUCACUGUGCACUUCCGCUACGGCGCUCCCCCAGUCAUCAACCCGCUGGGGACCAGCUUCCCGGACGGCACCUCGGUGCAGCCGUCCUUCCACGUCAGCGUGCCGCUGAGCGCCGUGCUGCUGACCAACGCCUCCGUCAACGUCUCCCACCCGGCACCCGGGGACUGGUUUGUGGCUGCCCACCUGCCCCCCUCCUCCCAGAAGAUCCAGGUGAAGGGCUUUAUUCCCACCUGUGCCUACAUCUUCCAGCCUGACAUGCUGGUCACGAGGGUGGUCAAGGUCUCCAUCAUGGAGCCCGACGUGCCUCUUCCGCAGACCCUCCUCUCCCGCCCCGGCUACCUCAAGAUCUUUGUCCCCGAGUACACGCAGGAGCUGCAGCUGGAGCUGCAGGGCUGUGCAUCCAAUGGGAGCCUGGGCUGCCCCGUGCGUCUCACCGUGGGCUCCGUCACCCUGCCCAGCAACUUCCAGAAGGUGCUCACCUGCACCAGCCCCACCUGGCCCUGCCGCCUGCUGCUGCCCUCGCCGCCCUGGGACCGAUGGCUGCAAGUGACAGCUGAGAGCCUGGCAGGACCCCACAAGGCGGUGGCUUUCAGUGCCGUAGCUGCCCUCACAGCCUGCAGGCCAUGGAGCAUGACCCACAGCAGCCAGAAGCGGGGCUACAACACCUCCACUGUGCAGCCGUCCCUGGGCCCCAGCCACUGGGACCUGGGCAAGAACGGCGGCUGGGGCGGUGACCCCUUCUGCCUCCUGAGCUACCCAGUCAUUCGGGAGGACUUGGAUGUGGCAUCCGUGCGCUUCCAGCUCCUGGACAGGGGCUUGGUGACAGUGCGUGUGGACACACCCUCCGUGAUGCGGCUCCAUCUCAACACGGGCAUGGACGGCGGGGGCUCCCUCACCGUCUCCUUGAGCACCAACAAGACGGAGAUUGCCAACAGCACCUUGGUGGCGGCCUGCGUGAACGCUGCCUCACCCUUCCUCAGCUUCAACGCCUCCCACAACUGCAGCACAGCCUUCUUCCAGGGCUACCGCCUGUCUCUGAGCGCCUCGUCCCGCAAGGCCAAGCUCAUCAUCCCCUACCCAGAGACAGACAACUGGUACCUGUCCCUGCAGCUGGUGUGCCCCGAGAGUCCAGAGGACUGUGAGCAGGCCGUGGUCCGAGUGGAGACCACCUUGUACCUCGUGCCCUGUUUGGACGACUGUGGACCUUAUGGCCAGUGCCUCCUGCUCCGCAGACACGGCUACCUGUAUGCGGGAUGCAGCUGCAAGGCAGGCUGGCGUGGGUGGAGCUGCACUGACAACAGCACGGCCCAGACCGUGGGGCAGCAAAGGGCGGCCGCGCUGCUGCUCACGCUCAGCAACCUCAUGUUCCUGGCUCCCAUCGCCGUCUGUGUGCACCGCUUCUUCCUGGUGGAGGCCUCCGUUUACGCCUACACCAUGUUCUUCUCCACGUUCUACCACGCCUGCGACCAGCCCGGCAAGGCGGUGCUCUGUAUCCUCAACUACGACACACUGCAGUACUGUGACUUUCUGGGCUCCGGGGUGUCCACCUGGGUCACCAUCCUCUGCAUGGCGCGGCUGAAGACAGUCCUCAAAUAUGUCCUGUUUCUCCUGGGCACGCUGGUCAUCGCCAUGUCCUUGCAGCUGGACCGCAGGGGCGCCUGGAACUUGAUGGGGCCCUGCCUCUUUGCCUUCGUGAUCAUGGUCUCCAUGUGGGUGUACCGCUGCGGGCACCGGCGCCAGUGUUAUCCCAGCUCGUGGCAGCGCUGGGCCUUCUACCUCCUGCCUGGCAUCUCCAUGGCCUCUGCGGGCGUCGCCAUCUACACUGCCUUGAUGACUGCCGAGAACUAUUACUACACCCACAGCAUCUGGCACGUGCUGCUGGCAGGGAGCGCAGCGUUACUGCUGCCGCCGCGGGAGGAACACACGGAGCCCUGGGCCUGCCCACAGAGGCUGCCCUGCCACUAUCAGAUCUGCAGGAACGACCGGGACGAGCUGUACACGGUGACGUGAUGCCGGCUCAGGGCCCCUGCUCUCUGAUGACCUCUGUAGCCAGCAGCAGGGUCAAGCAGAAGAGCCCUGUCCAGCCUCUUCCAACUGAUGACCAGCUGAAUAAAAUUGGCCUGAGCACUCUCUUGCUUCCUCCUCCCCAGGAGAGGCCUGCCCCUCACCAGCACUCCCAGCUCCCUGUGUCUGCUGGCUGACUGGUCACUGCUGCCUGCAGUGGCCCCUGGAGCCUGGCUGCCUGGGGAACACAUGUGCCCUGUGCAGAGAGGGGCUCUGCUCCGCUGACCUGGGGGUGGUCGGGGAUGUGGAGAAAGAAUCCUCACUGCCCUGUUCCCCUGUGACCCACAGGGCUAAGGAUGCCCGAGCCCACCUCUGAGGCUGGCAGCUGUGCCCUCCUGGCACUGAGUGCCCUGAAUGCCAGCCUGCCUUGGGCACAGGAACCCCCUGCUGCUGCAGUUGCUGUGGGGAGAGGCCAAAGUCCCUAGAGAGCUGGUGGGCACUGCCUGCCCUUUCAGCCGGCUUUGGAGCCUCCUAGGGAGGGAGCUGCAGCUGCCUGGGGACGGUGUACAAGGCACAGCCUCCCCGGCUGUGUCACUGCCUGCCCAGGGUCCUGGGCCCUUGUGUGGGGAGCAUCCUCUUGGUCCAGGGGCUGCGGCUAACCCUGCACUGGGACAGCCCUUUCCUGCUCCUCUUGAAGCCUGGGGCAGGGAGCCAGGGCCAGGAGCCCUGCCCCACCCCAGGCAAGAGUGGAGGGGCUGCUGUCUGCAGCAGUGGUCUCGGCCAGGCCCCCAAGAAGCUGGCUGCGGACGCCAGGGUGGGGUCGUCCCUGCCCUCUGGCUCUGGGGCCUUCUUUUCUGGGUCCUGCCCAGGGCGUGGCCUUUCUUCCCGGGGGCCUUCCCCAUCCCCAGCCACCCUGCCCUUGACCACCAAAGCAAU